AUGUCCCGCCCAUCCUCGCAAUCUCGACAGCCUUCGCCACUCUCUGCCAGGCGACUAAGGAAUGGUUCUGAUGUCGCCGAGCUUCUGGGAACAGACUCGUCUGCCAUUUAUGCCGGCAGAACAGCGGUGAUUACGGGAGCAGCCAGUGGUAUCGGUUUAGCGGCUGCAAAGAAGUUCGCUCAACACGGAUUACAAGUUUGUUUGGCGGACAUUGACCUAGACCGAUUACUACAGGCUGAAGCAGAGGUAGCCGAAAUCAUCGGCAAAGAGAAUACGCUGGCCGUACCUACAGAUGUCUCCAGACUCGAUCAGGUCGAGCACUUGCGCGACGAAGUCUUCAAGAAAUUUGGCCAAGCCAACGUGCUCAUGAACAAUGCCGCAAUUUCCAAAGGCAGAGAUGGAACAAUAGGCGCCUCGUAUGAGAACCUGGGGACUUGGAAAGAUGUUUUGGAUGUGAACCUGGGGGGUGUAAGCCUUCACAUCCCUAAUCUCAAGGAUGAGAUUCCUCAUCUAUCCUUAUCGAUCCAGGUAAUCAAUGUUAUUCACACAUUCACCGCCCCCAUGAUUGCGCAGGAAAAUCCCAGUUUGCUUGGCUCUGACAACCCAGAGGCAGGAUUAUUAACACUGGGUCGAAACAAGGCAUCACCAAUCCUCCGUAAGUUCGAGUUUUAUGCCCCUAUGCCAGAAUAUAUUGAAAUGAAUCUGGACGACGAUGGGAUCAUCAGGGGCAAUCCUGCGUAUAAUGUUGUUUCUAAAGCUGCAGUGAAAAUCCUGUCGGAACACUUGGCUCACGAUCUAAGGACUCGCGGCGCUCGAACGACCGUCCACCUCUUUGUCCCUGGGUGGACUUGGACAGGAAUGACUGGUGCCUCGGUCGUGGCAGAAAAGCCUGAUGGAGCAUGGACAGCUGAAGAGACGGUGAACUACAUGGUGCGACUUGGAGAUUUCUAUAUAGUUUGUCCAGAUAAUGAGACGUCGCCUGAGUUGGAUCGGUUGCGAAUUCUUUGGGCUGCUCAAGAUGUCGCUGAGGGCCGACCACCACUUUCGAGGUGGCAUCCGGAAUGGCAUCCUAGGUUUGCUGAAUUCGUUCGUGAUCGCCUUUCGCAGAACCAAUGGGAAGACUAA